AACGUGGGGAGUCAGAACAGGCGUAGAGUAGCGUGGCUCAUUCCAGUGGGUGUGCAUAUGUGACACUACGUCGCAUCAGCUAGUGAGCGUCAAACAUUAACCUGCGGCAGGGCAGGGAGGAGGCAUUUAUAUGAGCGACGAAUGCUCCUUCAGAAAUUAACGGGUUUAAGCCGCGCCCACAAGUUGAGCAGCUGACACCGUUAGACACAGAUACCAUUCAGCUAUAUCUUGGCUUGGAGUUGCCCCAAAAUUACAGAAGUGGACUGCCACCCCGGACAAUGACACCUACCCGCAGCGAGAGAUAGGGAUGGAUUCAAGCGUGUGGGAGAUGUUUGCCUUGAUCAGUGUGUUCUGCUUCUAUUUACCGGCGCUCGCAGAGGUGAUUGGUGAUGACAGCUACCUGAAUACAGUUCAGAAUACAGGCCCUCUCUCAUGCUCAGAAGGUUUUACUGAACUGGGCUACUACAAUGGCACCGUGUCUCAGACAGACUCGGGCUCACCCUGUCUGAAGUGGACUGAGUUCCCUGAUUAUGUGCAGCAGUACCCUGGCAGAGGUCUGGGAGAGCACAGCUACUGCCGGAAUCCUGACCGUGAAUCCAAUCCCUGGUGUUUCUUCAGACAGAGCUCUGGCGCCAUAGGCUGGGCCUAUUGUGACUGUCACCAGGGUGCAGUCAGACUGGUGGGCGGCUCUUCCUCUAAGAGUGGACGUCUGGAGGUAUACCUGAAUGGUCAGUGGGGUUCAGUUUGUGACACUCACUGGACUGACCGUGACGCCAGUGUGGUCUGCAGACAGCUUGGACUGGGUGAGAUCGGCACGGCACUUCAGCACUCCUAUUUUGGACCUGGCUCUGGCCUUUUCCACUAUGCACGCCUCGGCUGCCGUGGUGACGAGAGAUCCGUCCUGGAGUGCAGGAGCAGGAAGUUUGUUACCAGUGACUGUAGCCAUGGCAAUGAGGCUGGGGUGGUGUGUGCCCCACCUGAAGGCCCUGGCCCCCCUCUGAGAUUGGUAGGGGGUGAGGAGGAUUUUGAGGGGAGGGUGGAGGUUUAUCAUGAUGGACACUGGGGAACCAUAUGUGAUGACCAGUGGGACGACAUGGAUGCCGAGGUAGUCUGCAGACAGCUCGGUCUAGGGGGAAUCCCAAAGGCCUGGUCGUGGGCACACUUUGGGCAGGGUGGUGGGCGGAUACAGCUGGAUGCUGUGCAGUGCACAGGGAAUGAACUCUCCCUGGAUGAGUGCCUUCACAGUGGCUGGGAGCAACACAACUGUGACCACAUGGAGGAUGCUGGAGUGUCCUGCAAUCCCUAUACAGAUGGUGUGGUGAGACUGGUGGAUGGAGAUAACCCAUGGGAGGGCCGCCUGGAGGUGUACCACGCUGGAGACUGGGGCACGGUGUGUGAUGACAACUGGGUAGUGCAACAUGCACAGGUGGUGUGCAGACAGCUGGGAUUCAGGGGUGGUGCAGAGGUGACACCUGCUGGUGUGUUUGGAGAGGGUGUGGGCCUGAUCCUGCUCGAUGACGUGCAGUGUGAGGGUGAUGAGUCCUCGCUCCUGGAGUGCAAGCACAGUGUGUGGGGACGACAUGACUGCUCGCACAGUGAGGACGUGGGUGUCCGCUGCCACAGAGCUGAGACCAACGAGGUUCCUCCGGCCCCAGAAACGACCGGUCCUCUGGUGCGCCUGGUCUCUGGAGAGGGCAGGAAGGAGGGCCGGGUGGAAGUCUUCCUGAAUGGAGAGUGGGGCAGCAUUUGUGACUAUGGCUGGAAUGAUGUCAGCGCUGCUGUGAUCUGCAGACAGCUCGGAUUCACCGGAAUAUCGAAGGUGCGGCCAAUGGGCUACUUUGGCGCUGGGAAGGGCCCAGUCCACUUGACCAAUGUGAGGUGCACAGGCAAAGAGGCAUCCCUGGGAGAGUGUCCUGCUAAAGAGCUGAAGAGCCAUGUGUGUAAGCACAGCCAGGAUGCAGGUGUGGUGUGUGACUACGUUCCUGAGCCGGAGACUGACAUCGCUGUGGUGGGUACUCCCACCUGCGGCAUGAGGGGCGGAGCUGAAAGACGCAGCAAGAGGAUUGUCGGCGGGUAUAAGUCUCUUAGGGGGGACUGGCCAUGGCAGGCGUCGCUGUGGCUCAAAUCGCAGUCUAAAGGAUCCCAGCCUCUUUGUGGAGCCACUCUCAUCAACUCCUGCUGGCUGCUCACUGCUGCACACUGUUUCAAACGCUUUGGCACUGACGCGUCUCGGUAUGUAGUGAAGCUGGGGGAUUUCCACACAGAGGAGCGGGACGACUUUGAACGCAUGCUCAUCCCUGCGCAUGUGGAGGUGCACAGGAAGUAUAGUAGCGAGAGCUGGGAGCAUGACGUGGCUCUGGUCCGGCUCAAGGGAGCCGAGGGCAAAUGUGUGUCCUUCAACCCCCACACCAACGCUGCCUGCUUGCCUGCUCCCGGCAGCAAGUGGGGCAAAAGACCUGCUUCCUGUAUCAUCACCGGCUGGGGCAUGUCAGACACUAAGCCCUCACACACUCUCCUGCAGGCCUGGGUUCCUCUCCUGCCCUCAUGGCAGUGUAAGAAGCGUUACAGCGAACGUUUCAACAGCCACAGUAUGCUGUGCGCCGGCAGUAUGACCUCCGACCUUGGCCGGCGUGCCGACAGCUGCCAGGGUGAUAGCGGGGGUCCUCUGGUAUGCCAGGGUGAGGCUGGGCGCUGGGUGCUCACGGGCGUCAUCUCCUGGGGCCACGGCUGCGGUGAGCCCUCCUUCCCAGGUGUGUACGCGCGGGUGAGCCGCUACCUGCCGUGGAUCGAGCAGGUGACGCACAGCACUGCCCCACUACAGCACUGAACUUCUCCCCAGACCAUCAGUGCACCGAAAGCCACUGGACUCCACACACAGAGGGACAUGUGCCGUAAGGCAUAAGGCACCAUCCAUACACUGCUAUGUGCGUUCAGCACCCUGCACUCUGCAAAAGCCCUUUGGAAUUUACUCCAACCGAUUCUGUCUUUACUCAUUCAACUGAUAUCGGUGGUACAUAACAUUUUAGAGGUCUUGGUCCAUAGCAUUUAGUCUUUGCUUACCCUCUGGAAAUGCAAGGUGAGUGAUGUGUUGUGAAGUUUGAGGGGUGGUAGGUGUUAAUUAUUUACAUGUCGUAGUGCUGAGAGGGUGCCGCAGUGCAUGUUAAUGUGUGUAUUGUAUUGAAAAGCCAUUCAGUGCGGCUCUGCGGUUCUUCUGCAUGGUAGAGAACAGCAGCAUCAGCUCAGUGUGAGCAAGUUUAUUUAUAUUUAUUUAUUGGAUAGGUAUAAUUCUCCUGUAGUGAGGGGGGGAAAAAAGAAAAGGAGAUCCCUUUUUUUAACCCUUUGGCUACUGAAUACUGUUAAGCCACAUCACUCACUAGAUACACAUGGUGAUGUUCAGACUCACGGUUUUCUUAUGUGGGAUUUUUUUUUUCAGUGUUGUGACAUACAUUAGAUUAAUAGAGUGGUCAUAAACUGUUGAGGUUGUGUUUAGAGCUCAGAGUUAGCAACAGGUCAGAAAAACCACUAAGUUUCCUUGAACACCUCGAAAUGUGCCAGAGUCCUGCAUUCAGGCAACAAAAAACUGAGAGACAAAAGACAAAGUGGAAUCUGUUUUGUUACCGUCUUCUUUGAUGUUUUAGACACUAAAUAGUGUAAUAGAAUAGGGACUAAGGAAUAUAGAAUAGGUAAUAGCCAUAAUUCAAUUCAUAUAUAGUGUACUUGGUUUUGUCUGUGACAUUUUGAAAACCAUCCAAAGUGUCAUUUUACAUAUUUUAGGGCAUAAAUGCUACUGCCAGUUCUCUUUGUCUGACGGGGGAAACUUAAAAGGUUUCUCAUUUUCAGUAUUGCCUUUGAACUGUAACUAUUAAUUUGUCUAAUCUAAAGACAUUUUGGGAAGAUUAUUUUAUAUUUGCCAAUUUCAGGUCACUUUAUUUUGUAACAUGUCUUAAUGCUACUAUUCUUUGUUGUAUCAACUGUGUGUUGAUUGUCCAGUGGGUGGCAAUAUUGUAUAUUUUUCUUGCUUGGAUUUCAGCUAUAUUGUAGGUCCUGUAAUGUAGCAGGGUUAUAAAGUGUGUCCUUUAUUUUUAAAAUUCUCUAAGCAUACAGUUUCAUCUAAAUGACGGCAUAUGGUUUUGUUUAAUGCACUAACUCAUCCAAUUCAUUUUGCAUUUCAGUUAAUACAGGGGAUAGAGUGUUAAGGGCUUUGUAAAAUAUGAUGAUUUACUAAUUAAUAAUUGGCUGCAUAUAGACUGUAAAUAAGUAAUUGAGAUGCAGCUAUUCUUAUGCUGCACAAGCUUUUCUUCUGAGAGGAAAGGCCAUAGAGUGUGUGUGGUAUAACUUACAAAUGACUAAAUAUGAACCUGAUUUCCAUUGUUGUGCAUCAAUAAGAGGUUUUGCUCAUGGGUGGAUCUGAAUGGGAGUACACUAGUUAGAUGUAUAGAGAUUUACCUAUAAAUUGUCAUUUAUUAAUUAAUAGAUGCAUCUUCGUGCUGGAAAUAUGCACAACUGGCGUGCAAGAAGUACUGAUGUAUUCUGGCUCUUAACACAAAAUGCUGUCUUUAAUCAACCCUUGAGUCAAUGAAACAGGCCAUGUCUUACAAAUUUUAGUGAUUUUAUUUUAGUGAUUUCCAAUCCAUCAUUAAAUUAUUUCUUCCACAUUCAUAAUUAACAUCCUUAACAUUAAAUAUAACGUUUGUGUCUCCAUAGGCCUAUGUGCAUCUGCUUUCAUGAUUCUAUGAGUACCAGAUUCCCCUACAUUCCAUAGUGGCCAACAAAUGCAUAUGAGAGUAGAUGUGAAAGAACUUCUUUCUUUUAAUAUGGAUUUGGUCAAAUAAUACUGCAUUUGGAGCUCCCCCCC